UAUUCCAUAAGGCCAACACUGGCGGCAUUUUCAAUAUCACCAUGUGAGUCAAAUUUGGGACUUUAUCUGCAGCUGGAAACCGAAGAUGAGUGCGAAGAAGAAGGAAAAGGACCAAUGGACUAGAUGUGAUUUUUGUGGAAAUCUUUUUCCAAGAGUAAAGAUCAAUGGACAUGAAUGUCAAGCCUCGAUAGAAGUUCUCGAAAACCCAAUAACUCCAAUAACGGACCCGAUGCGAGAUCCAUUCUCAUCGCCAUUAAUAAAAACAAAAUAUGAACCUACAAAGAAGACGGGAUACAUCAAUGGCACAACCUUCUUUGCCCAGUAUUCAGUCUACACUACAGAAGAAAUACAAGUCCCAAGUGGAAAUAGAAAAGAUAUGAUUUUGCUUCAUCCUUCUGUCUUGAAAAAAUGCUUUAUAACUUCUGGUGGAAAUGUUUGCCUCACAUCAUCCUCAAAGAAGGUAAUUGGAAAAGCCUGGCCAAAUUCAUCUUUGCCCAUUGAUUCCAUCAAAAUAACUCGAGAUAUUGAAGAUUCGUUAAUGGUCAGGGAGUUUGAAUUGAUAAUGCUAGAAGAGAUUAAACUGCCAACAAUUGCAGCAAAUACUUUAUUUCUCAAAUCUUGUUCGUCUCUGGACUUUCAGCCUGAUGCUGAUUUUCAAGAUUUCUUUGUGAGCACUUUUGAUGGUAGAAUCGUAGCCCCAGGCGAAUUUUGCACGAUAAAAUAUUUAGGAAGCGAGCGAAAGUUCAAGAUCACUAAGAUAAGUGGCGAUUUCGGCAAUUGCGAAGUUAGUGAAUCACCUCAGGAAAAUUCAAAAUCAGACAUCGAGAAUGAAAUGAGUAGAUUGAAGAUAUCAACAAAUUCGGACAGGGGAAACAUCUCCCUACUUGUAUCAAAUAAACUUGAAUACAAAGACAAUUUCACGGAUCUAGCAUAUCAGAUUCCACUACCAUCCCUCAACAAGUUUGCAUACAGUAUUCAUCAUAAGGAAACUGCUGUAAAUGUGAUAAUUUGUCCUUAUGACGAACCAGUUCAGACACCUGACGUAAAGGAUUCUGAUGUUGUCACCUAUGAUUCAAUCGGAGGUUUCCAAGCAGAAAUCGAGGCUAUACGUGAAACAAUAGAGCUCCCUCUGAAGUAUCCCGAGCUUUUCAGGACAUGUGGCAUAUCAGCACCACGUGGUGUUAUUCUUUAUGGUCCUCCUGGCACAGGGAAGACGUUGCUUGCAAAAGCUGUUGCGAACGAAACAGGAGCCCACUGCAUUGUCAUUAAUGGUCCUGAAGUGCUGAGCAAAUAUUAUGGUGAGACAGAAAGUCGACUGCGAUCUAUCUUCGAAGAGGCUGAAAGCAAAGCGCCAGCCAUUGUCUUCAUUGACGAAAUGGAUGCUUUAUGUCCCAAGAGAGAUGACGUCAUAAAUGAAACUGAGAAGCGAGUUGUUGCUACUUUGUUGACUCUAAUGGAUGGAAUGAGCUCGACAAGUUCUGUUGGUAGAGUGAUGGUGAUUGGGGCAACAAACAGACGGGACUCAAUUGAUCCAGCAUUACGUAGGCCAGGAAGGUUUGAUCGUGAAAUUGAAAUCGGAGUCCCAAACUCACUCGAUAGAAUGGAAAUCUUGAAGAAGUUAUUAUCGAAGACCAAACACCAAUUGACACCAGAAUCCAUACAAAAAGUUGCACAGAAUGCCCAUGGAUACGUUGGUGCUGAUUUAUCUGCUGUCUGCAAAGAAGCUGGUUUGGCUGCUUUGAAAAGAUUGGUUCGUGACGAAAGAGAUGCACGAGACUUCUCGAUCACUUUGACGGACAUGGACGAGGCAAUGCUAAAAGUGAGCCCAAGUGCCAUGCGCUCUAUUAAUGUUGACGUCCCUCGGGUCAGGUGGGAUGAUGUAGGUGGUCAACAAGAAGUGAAGCAACGCUUGAAGGAGAGCAUCGAGUGGCCACUGAAGUACCCAGAGGCUUUUCAUCGAAUGGGCAUCAGUCCGCCAACUGGUGUUCUUCUUUACGGCCCACCGGGUUGCUCUAAAACGUUGCUGGCAAAAGCUCUGGCUACUGAAAGUGGACUCAAUUUUAUCUCUAUCAAAGGUCCGGAACUUUUUAGUAAAUUUUUAGGAGAGUCAGAAAAGGCUGUGAGAGAGCUUUUUCUGAAAGCGAGGACCGCUGCACCGUCAAUAAUCUUUUUCGAUGAAAUUGAUGCCCUUGGAGUCCAACGUGGAGACAAGUCGAAAUCCGGCGUUGGUGAUCGGGUGCUGGCGCAAAUUCUGACGGAGAUGGAUGGUGUAGAAGGACUUAAAGGUGUUAUGGUAAUAGCAGCUACAAACAGACCGGAUAUGAUUGACGAUGCAUUAUUGAGACCCGGGAGGAUUGACCGGAUUAUAUUUGUACCGCUUCCUGAUGAAGCAACAAGAAAGGAAAUAUUUCAGAUACAGUUCAGGAAAAUACCUAUAGGUCCUGAUAUAGAGGUUGAGCGGCUUGUAGUUGAAACAGAAGGCUACUCUGGUGCAGAGAUUUGUGCUGUUUGCAAAGAGGCCGCGAUUUUUGCGUUGCGGGAGAGCAUCGAAGCGACAUCAAUCAAUAAAACUCACUUCGACGCCGCUCUUGAACUUGUGCGACCGAGAUUGGACAAAACAUCCAUUGAAUAUUAUAGAGAUUUUUCUAGUAAAUUGCUAUGAUAUACAUCAGAGUUCGUUUUAAUGAAUUCAGGAUAUGUUUUAAGGUAUAGUUUUAUCUUUUUCUGCAUUAUGUUAAGAUAAUAAUUAUGUAAACUGA